AUGGAAACAGAAAACAUCACCUCUGUCAAGGAAUUCAUCUUACUGGGGCUUGCCCACCACAGAAAAACCCAGCUUCUCCUCUUUGCAGUCAUUCUCAUCAUCUACUUGCUUACAGUUUUGGGGAACCUGCUGAUCAUCAUAUUGGUGCGGGUUGAUUUAAAACUCCACACACCCAUGUAUUAUUUUCUUUCUCAUCUUGCAGGGGUAGAUAUCUGUUAUGUCACCAGCACCAUGCCUCUAAUGUUAACUCAGCUCCUGACGGGAGAUGGAGCCAUUUCUUUCGCAUUCUGCAUGAUCCAGAUGUACAUUGCAUUGGCCACAGCUGUUGUUGAGGAUUUCCUGUUGGGUGUCAUGGCCUAUGACCGCUACCUGGCCAUCUGCCGUCCCUUAGUUUACGCAGUGGUCAUGGGCAAGCGCUGCCAACUGCAGUUCACUUCCACUUGCUGGAUAACAGCUCCUGUGCUCUGUGUGAUUUGCGUUCUCUGCCUUGUUUUCCAAACCUAUUGUGGCCCCAACCAGAUCAAUCACUUCAUAUGUGAGUUGCCAAUGGUGCUGAAACUCUCAUGUGAUGAUACAAGAAUUGUUCAGGCCAUUAUUUUUGGUAUAGGAGCAUUUGUCCUCCUGGUUCCCCUUUCCUUUAUGUUGACCACCUAUGGGUUUAUUCUUCAUUCUAUUUCACAAAUGAGAUCAAGUGUUGGGCGGCGCAAGGCUUUCUCUACAUGUGGCUCCCAUCUCCUUGUGGUCUCCUUGUUUUAUGGCCCUUCCAUAUGGACAUACAUCAUUCCAAAGUCUGAUUCAGCUCCCAAUCGUGAUAAACAAAUUGCAGUCUUCUAUGUUGUGGUCACCCCUCUGCUCAACUCUAUCAUUUAUACCCUGCGGAACAAGGACAUUCAUAGGGCAGUAGCCAAGUUGUUGUGA